AUGGUUUACUCCUUCCCAACCUCGAACCAGUUCAUCGGAGCGCAGCAGCCAUUCGAGUACACCACAGCCAUGAUGGGGCCCUCGGUCCAGUCCUUUCCUGCUGUGCAGAUGGCUGGAGUACAGUCUUUUGCUCCAAACUAUCAGUUCAUCCAGGGAGAAGUUCCUCAGCAGGUUGUGUACGGAACUGUGCAGCAACCCAUCAUGGACUACAAGUCAGAUGUGGGAACGCAGCAAGUGAUUCUCAACGGCCCGCAGUUCCAGUCCAUGCAAGUUCCCAUCUACGGACAGGGCGAGGUCGUUGCUGGAGGGAACGUAAACGCCAUCAAUGCUGAGGUGAACAGACUGAGAAGGCUGAUUGCCGAGACGGAAAGAGAGUACCGCAACAUGGAGGGAGAGGUGCAGGAGGAAUCCAAACAGAAGGCGCAACAGGAGGUGGAGUUGGAUCUCGAGAAGAAGUGGUCCCAGCUUCACACGCAGUACCUCGCAGCCGAGCAGCAGAACAGACAGUUUGCCCUGUUGAAGCAUGAGUGGCAGAGCGCAAAGCAGAAUGCCGAAUUCCUCAAGACCAAACUCACUGAGCUUGAGGCGCGCAACAAGGAGACUGGCAAGAUUCAGGAGGAGACGCAGGCGAUGCAGACGAAGCUCACCAAUCUUGACAAGAGCAUCGAGCAGAUUAAGGAGAGGAUGAAGGCGGAUGAGCUUCACGGUUACAGCAUGGAGAACGGCAGCAUUGACAUCAGGAUCAACCAGCUCAAGCUCGAGCUCACCAACAUGCAGAAGAUCCGUGACGACCUGUACCGCCCGACCCUCGGCCUCGUCGUCGGAGCUGACCCGAGGCACUUCCACCUUACCCGGACGACGGAGCGAAACGCGGGCGAGCCCGUCUUUGUGAUCCGCAUCCUCGAGGACAGCGCGGUAGAGGAGUACAACAAGACGGCCCCAGCUGAGAGCCAGGUCAGGGUGACAGAUCAGAUCAUCGCGAUUAACCAGAUGGAGGUUCAAAUGAUGCUCAACUAUCAGAUCCGUCGUAUGCUCUUCUCCGAGAGCAGCAUUACCCUGACCCUCGUCCGUGACAACCAGCUUCUUCCCCCAGUCACCAUCACCCCCAAGAAAACUGUCAUCACCAAGGUUAUCUAG